GUGUUGUGAGGUAUUAAUAGCACGUUAUUAUUUUUUUUAUUUCAUUUAUUUAUUUACUGAAGGAACGAAAGCGUAAUUCCUUCAUUUUCCUUGUGCCGUCACUACCUCCUCCUCCUCUUCUUUCUUGAUCCUCGUGUCCUGAUCGUCAGCAGAUCAGUAUAUACAGACACUCACCAUGGGAACCUUUAUGGGCCACGUGCUGCCUGGGUCCUUCUUCGCCUCCUUCGGUUGCUGGUGGACUUAUAACGUGUUCCUGCGCUUCCACGCCUGCAGGAGGGCCACGGCACAGGGCGGGGCGGGAUCCAGGUCACCUUAUAUUAACACCUGUACCUUUCCCUGCCGAUGUCUGCCGCGGUUACCUGUGGAGGCCUGCAUGAAGGUGUCUGUGGUGGUGAUUGGGAUGAUAGGAGAGUUCGUCACGGCGUACAAGGGCGGCCACUUCACGCACCUCGGCAACGCACAGCAUAUGACCAUGUACUUUUUCUUCGGUCUGAACGGCGUGAUGGAUAUUCUGACCCACUACCGCCUGCCGCUGCCCCACGCCUCUGACUACGUGUCCGGCGCCCUCGCCUUCUGCAUGGAGGGCGUGCUCUUCCUCUACCACCUGCACGGGAGAACGCCCAUGAAUGUACAGCUACACAUGUUCCUGGUGUACGUGGUGGCGGGGAACAUCGUGGCUAUCCUGCUGGAGAUGUACUACAGAGGGAGCGUAAUGCCAGCCCUUCUUAGAUGCUACUUCACGCUAUUGCAGGGCACGUGGUUCAUACAAGCGGGCUACAUUCUCUACCCUCCAGUCGGCAGCCACUGGGAUGAGAACGACCACGGACAGAUUAUGAUAGUCACCCUCAUUUUCUGCUGGCACAAUGGGGUCGUUUUUAUCCUCAUGCUCCUCGCCUGUUUCCUCGUCCACGCUCAGGUCAAAAUGCUCUCCAACGGCGCCCUGUAUCGUAUCCUGCACCCUCUCACCUCAUCCUUCCCAAACUCCUCCUCCGCUGGUUCCUUGUCCUCCUCUGCCAUCGCUCAGUUUUCAAAGAUGGAUUCAGAACAAGUGCGUAGGAUUAUUGACGAUUCAGACGAGGAUGUGUAGUGUUGUGGUGUUGGUGGUAAGGUUUCAUAAUGUGUUUUAGUUGUUAUUGUUUGCUGUUUGUUGUUUACAUGAUUGGUUUCUAUGUCUGCGAGAGAGAACGGUUCUUUAUUUAUUUAUUUGUUUGUUUUUUUAGUUUUCUUUUUAAUAGUUUGUAGUGAUGCGUGUUUGUUUUUUAAGUUUUUAGUGUUUUUUUUUCUCUAUUGUGUUUCUUU